AAUACAAGGGUGGAGUAUGAAUUCAGCAGGAAAUUCAAGCUAAGGUAUCUAGGCUUACUGGUAUACAUCUCAAAGAACAGAGGUGGUGCUUUUAUUCUUUACAACUUGGACAGAACUGUACUAGUGGACACAGUCACUGCUUUCUACCAUAUUUCUUAUCAUUUAUGA